CUUCUCCAAACUUUCUUCAGUUCUCAUCUUCUCUCCAACCAAAAAAAAAAAAUCAAUGGGAAGCGGAAGAUACAUGGACGACCCCUUCAUCAGAAACCCUAAACAAUCCUCCUCCUCCUCCUCGUCUCCUAUCUCCCUAUCCAAUCCUUUCGACACCGAAUCAACCUCCCGCUCCGCAAGCUUCGAAAGCGAGACCAUCAGCGAAGACGCCGCCGAUUUCGGACCUGAGAAACUCGCCGGAACCGUCGAGUUCUACGAGAGACAUGUCUUCCUCUGCUACAAAAAGCCCUCCUUUUGGCCGGCCAGGAUCGAGGCCUCCGAGUUCGAUCGGUUGCCCAGGCUUCUCUCUUCCGUCGUGUCUGCCAGGAAGUGCAAUAUGAAGAAAGAGACUCUACUCACAAUAUGUGAGGGACAUGAUGGAACCGAGACUUCGAAUGGGGAUGUUCUGAUUUUUCCUGAUAUGAUCAGAUACAGAAGGUUGACUCAUUUUGAUGUGGACACAUUUGUUGAAGAGGUGCUUGUGAAGGAUGUUGUGUGGCUGCCUGGGAACCCUGAGCCUCUAAGUGGUUCUUACGUCUUUGUGUGUUGUCAUGGAUCCCGAGACCGGCGUUGUGGUGUCUGUGGACCUUCUCUGGUUACUAGAUUCAGAGAAGAAAUUGAAAUUUGUGGUCUUCAAGGUCGAGUUUCGGUCAGCCCUUGUUCUCAUAUUGGUGGUCACAAGUACACUGGAGAUGUUAUCAUCUAUGGGUCUAACAUUAACCAGAGAGUAGCAGGAAACUGGUAUGGGUUUGUGACUCUAGAAGAUGUACCUCAACUGCUGGAGCAACAUAUUUACAGAGGCGAAAUCCUAGACCGCCUUUGGAGGGGUGAAAUGGGUCUGUUAGAAGAAGAACAGAAGAAAACUCAAGAACAAAGGUUCCAACAACGAAAUGUUGAAAAGAUCACCGACCGGGAGGUGUCUCAAGAAUCAGAUAACUAUGUCCAACAAAAUGGGAAUUCAUCUUGGUGUAUGGAGGAGGAGAAUCACACUGAGAGUAUGACCUCGGAAAAAGAAAUAUCUGUAAAAAGUGCAUCUUCUAGGGUAAGUAACAGCAAGAAUGGAUCUUCUUGUGGAUUCAAGAUUUGUGCUGCAAUGUCAAUGUGGUUGGAGAAUUGGGAGAAAGAAGACACAUAUGCUGCUUUGUCUGUUGUUUGUGCUGUUGCAUCUGUGGCUAUUGCGUAUAGCAGCUACAAGCAAUUGAAAUAAAACCCAUCUGUUAUAUAUAUAUCUUUGGAAUGGUUAUUAUUAUCUCAGCCAUUUAGAAUGAUC